AUGGCCGUCUCCCGCCCCGUGACCGACAUGUCAAGCUCCUGCUUUGUCCCAACCUCCCUGCCCCGUGCCAUGUCCUCUCUGCAGAGAAGAAGGCCGUACACCCCUUCCCCCGCCACCUCCUCGCGAUCGUCCUGCUGCAUGCGACUCAAUGCCAAUCAAAGUCCAGAGAGCCCGUCUCUUUUCGAACGGGCCUUCAGCGCCACUCCCUACCUCCUCCCCGUGCUCGACUCCAUAAACUAUUCUCGCUUCCUUGCCUUCUACGCCCCUGAUUUGUUCAACCCCAUCUAUGCAGCCCUAGACCCGCUGCUUGCCGUAUACAAGGCUUCCCCCUUCGUCAACCUCGCCAUCUACCUCCUGAUCGUGUGGGUGGGCAGGCAGCCGGCCUUGAGCCGGUACGUGCGCUUCAACUUCCAGCAGGCCAUCAUUCUCGACGUGGCGCUCGUCAUCCCCUCCAUCCUCACCUCCAUCCUCCGAGAGCAGGCGGCGCCCGUGUGGGUGCAGGAGCCCGUGGCCAACACCCUCUUCUUCAUCCUCUCCGCCUCCCUCGCCUACGUGGCAGUCAAACUCACGCUGGGUCAGAAGCCCAACGAGAUCCCCCUCAUCAGUGAGGCGGCCGAGAUGACGGCGGGGCCCUUCUAG